UUUUUGACAGUUAGUAGUUUAUGGAAGUAACAAAAAGUUAUAUUUUUGGAGAAGCAUGAUUUAAUUAGAGAAUUUCUCUUAAAAACUCUGUAACUAAUUAGAGAAAGGCUCUAAUUAUGAAUGCUUUUCAGAUAUGUCACAAUACCAACGAUUUAGUACCCUUGUACUUGCCUCAACAACUAUAUUUAAAACCCAUAGCCAGAAUAAAUAUAUCCCUACAGCUUCCAAAUGUAAAAAAGUUAGGAAAAACUGUUUCGCAUUGGGAGAUCAUGGAUAAAAUUAGAGAUUUAAUAAAACCCGACGAAUUUACUACUUUUAAGGUAACUAAGACUACAAUCGAAUUUGUUAGAUUUGAAGGUGAGCUGGGAACUAGGGAUAGAUUAGAUCGUGUUUUGUCGAAAAUCAACAAUAAAAUGAUUAAGUUGAAAGACUUUAGCGAUCUAAUGCGACUUAAAGCUGUUGAAUGGAAGUCUGAUUUUCCAACUAGACGUAUUUGGGAUGACUUCUUUCAUAAUGCGAAAGAUAUGAAUGAGAUGAAACCAGGACUGAGACCCGAUACUAUUCACAUUGUAAAUCUACCGUCAAAAUGGUUUAUACCCUACCAUCUUUCAGGUGAUGAAGACAUAACACCAUCAGAGAAAAUAUUCUACAGGGUGUUCGAGAAAUUUGGGCAUAUCAGGUUUGUAGACAUACCCAUAUGUGAUCCUUACAGGAAAAAGAUGAAGGAGCACAUUUCUGGAAUGAAGAAUUCUUCCUUUGACCAAACUGAAUUUUUUGAAGGGUAUGUUCAGUUUAAGGACUAUAUAGGAUUUACAAAAACUAUGGAUGCUUUUAAAAAUAUGAAACUAGUCCAUAAAGAUGAUGAUGCCACUUUAGAAGUUAAUAUUAAAGUGGAUUUUGAUAGAAGCAAACAUCUUAGUGAUGCUUCUAUUAAAAGGAGAGAGAUUGUUAGAGAUCGAUUGGAGAAGAAGGUUAGAGAACAGGAGGAAAAGGAGCGAGCAGAAUUUGAAGCAAAGAAGAAAACAGAGGAGAUCGAAAGGCAAAAAGAAUUAGAUCUGAAGGAACAAAAGAAAAUAAGGAGGAAACUGCGAGAAGAGAAAAGAAAAGCGAAAAUUCUAGAAAAAUUGGAAAUAUCCGGUAGUGAUGAGAUCAAUGAAAAAAUUGCCAGAGAAGAAAAGAAGUUAUUGGGGGUACAACGGAAACUGGAGGCCAUAAGAUUGGUGGAAGAGUUAUUUAGGAGGAUACAGGACAAAAAUCCGCACAAUAUCCAACUUUAUGAUAGCCAUUCUCAUUCAUCGCGCAAUGAAUUAAAACAAUUUAAAAACACCAGUGAGUUAGAAGUAUUAAAUCAGAAAGAGAAACUCCACAAUGCACUUAAAGGAAGAGUCAUGUUAAAGACUAUUUUAGCCGAUGGAAAGAGUACGAGACGAUUUUCUUCGUCAAGUUCAGACAUUUCAUUGGAUAUUGAUGUAGGAAAUCCACAACAAAGACCUAAGAGUCCUGUCAUUCAGAAAUAUCCCGAGCUUAUGUAUGACCCGACCUGGUUUAAUCUACACCAUUAUAUGCCCCCUGCACCAAUGUUUCCAGAUCCAUACCACAUGGGAGGAUUCAUGCCGAGAGGACGAGGUUUUCCGAGACUGCCAAAUAUUGCUGGACCUUCAAGGGGUGGUUUUAGUCGAAGAAGAGCAGGCUUCCGAUAUAGAGGAGGUCAUAGAGGUGGAGGAAAUUUCAACAACUAUCAUACAGAUUUAGAUGAAGAUUUCUUAAAAUACAUGAAUGACCAUGACGACAGACAAAGAAAGUCGUAUCCGCCAAAUAAACGGGAUAGACGAAGAUCUAAAUCCAGAUCUAGAAGAUCGUAUAGUAGAUCUUAUACCCGUUCCAGAAGUAGAUCGAGGAAAAGGUCAAGAUCGAGAAGAUCUAGAUCUUACAGUUACAGAUCAAGGUCGAAAUCACAAAGAAGAUCUUACACAAGAUCUAGAAGUAGAUCAAGAUCUAGAAGAAAGUCACGUGAACGGUCUAGGUCUAGAUCCAAAGUGAGAAGUCGGUCUAGAUCCAAGGUGAGGAGUCGCCGAUCGAAAAGCAGAUCUAGAGAAAAAAACAUAAAUAAAUCGACAGAAAAAAGGAAAAGUACUGAAAGGCGAUCCAAUAAAUCAAGGGGAUCAUCUCGGGAAAAUACUAAAGCAAAGUCAACCUCCGCUUCAUCUCCAGUUAGAGAAAAAUCUGUAGACAGUUCCAGCUUUAUGACACCUAAACAGCUUCAUGAGAAACGAGACAGAUCAAGAUCUUGGUCUCUACCAAAGGAAGGCGAGGAAAAAGGAAGAUCAUGGUCGAAAUCUCCAGAGAAAAAAUAAUUAAUAGUUAUUCGAUUCGAGUUAUUCGAUUCUAAAUUAUACUUCUAUUGUUAAACACUAAAAACCAUUGUUUUAUUUUGACUAGAACAAUCAGUUUGGUUCAAAACCAUAAAAAUGUAAAUAUUUGAGAACAAACUUAAAAACAUCGUACCGAAUUAAAAUGUCCAAAAAUCGUUCAAAAUAUCUACAACUGCUGUCAGUUCUUUAUUUGACCCAAGACGUUCUAACAACAAUUUUCCUUUUGAGAAUAAGUGAAAGUCGUAUGUAUUCAAAACUACACUGGGGUGCAAAAUUAACCGGACACCUUAAAAAUGGGUCAUUUUUGAUGUCUCGAAUUUCCUAAACCUGUUGUCCAAUUUAAGUGAUUUUUGAAGUUAUACUUCUUUACCGGCGAUAGAGGGUAAAUUUUUAUAUGGGAAAACCUAGCGACCGGGCGCAUGCGCAUUAUAACUUUGUUCUGAUUGGAUGUUCAAAUGACAUGUCAAAAAUUAUUCAAUAUGGUGGCUGUGGCACAGCUGUAGUUAGAUUAUUUAUGGUUGUUGCGUUUUAAAAUUUGUGUGAAAAGAAACAACAAACAAAAGUUAGUUAAUAGUUAUACUGCCUUUUUAAAUAGUUUUCAUAUACCUAUAUUUUUGGACUUUUGGACUAUUUUGGACAAGGAAAACUCAUUCUAAUUUGGUAAGUACCUAGUUUUUAUUAUAAUCAUAUUGUAAUUAUACAUUUGGAUUAGGUUGAAAUACAUACAUUUAUUUUCUCAAGAAUGCGGAUUUUAGAGAGAAAUCCCAAAUUAGGUUCGAUUUUUAUUUUUAAAUUAUGAUUUUUUGGCGUAGAUUUAUUUAUCUAGUAGGUAUGUAAUGCUUUGAUUUACAUACUUAAUUUGAUUACCAACAAAAGUUCUACCAAUCUUCAUCUAAUAUAUUGUUUUCUUACUGUUUUGUUAUAUUUUUAUAUUUUCUUCCACAAAAUUUAAACUACAUAAUUUUCAAAACAAUUUUCAAACAGUAAAACGUUCAGUUACCGUAUUUUUCCACAUGAUAAAUAAUGUGCGAUUGGACGAGUGAGUCUACGCUUCGAUUACGAGUCAAAGCGGCACGAAAUUCAAGGGUUCAAUUCCCGAUGCAAGUUUUAUUUUUUUAUGCAUAUUAUGAUUGUAAGUAUAUUUGUUAUAUAAUUUUUUUUUCAGCAAAUGCGUAUUUAAAAUUUUUGCCAACAAUUAUUAUCGUUCAGAAAUCAUUUUUUCUUUGUGGCAUUUCUCAAUGUGUUUGUGUGCGUUUUAUUCUUUUAUUUUUUUAAAUUUUUGGUAUAGUCUUAAAAAUCACAUAAUAUGUAGUAGAAGUAUAACUUCUUACGUGCGUACAAAGUACACACACAUUCUUGUUUUAAUAUAUUAUAGUCUUAUUCUUUAGCAAUAUCGCUGUAAUAGUAUUGUUGCUAAACAGUUAAAUUUUCAUUGUAUACCGGGUGUAUCAAUCAAACUGUGUUUUUUUUUCUCAAAGUUCGCAUCACCCUGUGUAAUAUUCUAACAUUUAUAAAAUACUGAAAAUAAAAUCCAACUAUAGCCUCAUGUUUUCUCAACAUUUUGUUUUUUGAUUCAUUUGCUUAUGUUCGAUAAUAAAAAAGUUAGGUACUUUAACAACUAGCCAUGUUUUUCAUCAAUACAACGUGUUUUUAAAGAAUAAUUGGCAAACUUUAAGGGGUAAUUCUGCAUGAAAAAAUAAUGACAGUUUGCUUUAUCAACGAUAUGUCUGCAAAUGCUUCGUUUCCGAGAUAGGGGGCGUUUAAAGUUUUCUUACAAACUGACGAUUUAUUUAUUGCUUUAAAACCGGUUGCGGUAUGCAAAUGAAAUUUAGUGGGUUUUAAGAAGUAGUUAUUGCACAUUUUUUGACAUACAAUUAGGAAUUUAAUAUUCACCAUUGGCGCGCAUACGGGUAAUAUGAGGGCUUAUAUUACCCGUAUGCGCGCCAAUGGUGAAUAUUAAAUUCUUGUAUGUCAAAAAAUGUACAAUAACUACGUCUUAACAUCCACCAAAUUUCAUUUGCAUAUCUCAACUGGUUUUAAAGCAAUAAAUAAAUCGUCAAUUUGUAAGAAAAAUUUCAAUACCCUUUAUCUCAGAAAUGAAGCAUUUGCGGACAUAGGUUUAUAAAGCAAGCUGUCAUUAUUUUUUCAUGUAGAAUUACCCCUUAAAGUUUGUCGCACUUAUUUAGAAACACCCUGUAUUGAUAAAGAAUAUGGCUAGUUGUUAAAUUUCCUAACUUUUUUAUGGUCCUACUUAAGCGAAUGAAUCAAAAAACAGAAUGUUGAUAAAACAUAAGGCUAUAGUUGGGUUUUUAUUUGAGUAUUUUAUAAAUGCUAGAAUAUUCUAGAGGGUGGUGCGAAGUUUAAGAAAAAAGAAUGUGUGUGUACUUUGUACGCACGUAAGAAGUUACACUUCUAUUAUAUGAUUUAAACGAAAUUAAUAUACUUUUUAUUUAUAUUUUGUUUAAAUAUUAAACUAAUUUAUACUUACUACUUCUCAAACAUUUUUAUUAGAACAGUGCCAAAAAUUAAAAUAAUAAAAGAAUAAAACACACACAAACACAUUAAACAAGCCACAAAUGAUGUCUGAACAUUAAUUGUCGAAAAUUUUUUUAACUAAAUACGUAUUUUCUGAAAAUACAAUUAUAUAAUAAAUAUACUUACAAUCAUAAAAUGUAUUAAAAAAAACAAAAAAGAAAGUUUCUAUUGGGACUCGAACCAGCGCUGAUAAGAGCGGUUGGUAUUGGAAUUCAUUCGCCUUCUCCGCUUAGCCACGGACACUAUGUGUCAUUAUUUACGAAGAUCGACUAACUAAACGGAUUAAACUUGUGAUAUUUUGAUAUUUUGAAAAUUCAUCAAAUUAUUUUAAUUUUGAAUUGAAAUGAUUUAGAAUUGAAAAAUACAACGAAACAUAGAGUAAAAAAACAAUAUAUUAGGUGAAUAUUGAUAAAAAUUUUGAUGGUAAUCAAAUUAUAUAAAUAAAAGUGUUACAUACUAUGUAUUUUGGCAGAUCAGAUAGGUAGGUUUAUACUCAUGAUACAAUAACAAUUAUUACGUACCUGUUGCUUUUAAAAACUAUUUAAAAGUCACUACAAUAUUAUAAACUUUUUUGUUUCUGUCCUCACAACAUUUGUUUACCUCAUAUUAUACAUUUGUUUACCUUUACCUUUACCUCCAAACCACAGCUGCCAUAUCGGAUAAUUUUUGACAUGUCAUUUGAACAUCCAAUCAGAACAAAGUUAUAAUGCGCAUGCGCCGGGCUGAUAGGUUUUAACAUAUAAAAAAAUCACCCUCUAUCGCCGGUAAAGAAGUAUAACUUCAAAAAACAGUUUCAUUGGUACACCCGGUAUGCAAUAAAAAUUUACCUGUUUAGCCACAAUAUUAUUACAGCGAUAUUGAUAAAGAAUAAGGCUAUAACAUAUUAAAAAAUCACUUAAACCGGACAACAGGUUUAGGAAAUUCGAGACAUCAAAAAUGACCCAUUUUUAAGGUGUCCGGUUAAUUUUGCACCCCAGUGUAUCUACAACUGCUACCAGUUCUUUAUUUGACCGAAGACGUUCUAACAACAAUUUUCCUUUUGAGAAUAAGUGAAAGUCGUAUGUAUUCAAAACUACUUCGUUUUUUUUUGUUCGUUUAGUUCCAUGACCGUUAUCGAUCGUUGAUUUUAGAUUUACAUGUUUGCCUUGGAUCUUUACCGAAAUUAUGAGAUCCAAAAGUUGGUUAUCAUCUAUUCUGACCUAAACAAUAAUAUCUGUAAGACUGGAUGUUUUUAAUACAUUAGAAAAUAAUAGUUUUUAGUGUUAAUAAAUCAAAACUUUUGUAAAUACAAAUUAGUAUGUAUGGUAUAUUAAUUUUUUAUAUGUAAGAAUAAAUUAGUUAUUUAAUGUU